CUCCGAUUCAUUUUCUCCUUCUGGGUCAUUUCGAUUCUCUGUAAUUAAAGACAAAGUUCGUCUCUUUUUAGGUCUCCUCGUUGAAAAAAACUCAGAUUUUGUUUGAUUCCCUUCUUCAUUUCUGCAAUUCCUCACUUGUUUUCGAAUUAAAAUCAAAAAUUCGUUUCUUUUGAAUUUGACUUAUCGUUUUCUUUACCCUGUUUGAUUUGUCUGGAUGCUUACACAAUUAGGUGAAAGUUAUGAUUUUUAUUGCUUCCUAGAUUUCUAAACCAAGGAAAAGAUUUGAAAUUCAAAGUCUCUGUAACGAUUUCAAAAUCUGUUUUAUUUAUGUUUCUGUUUGGAAUAUAAGAAUUGUUUCCUCUGCCUUGCUUUCUUCUCUCUUAUGCUGAGAUUAUAGAGUAUGUUGUGUUCUAUUGUCUUUGUAGCUUGUUCCCUUCUAUAUCUGUAUAGAAAAGAACUCAAAUUUUGAGUCAAAGAUUAAAUUUUCCAUAGGGUUUUGAAGAAAUUUUGUAAUGAUGUUGUGAAACUACUCGUCUUUAGGAUCAGAAGGGAACUAUAGAAAUGAAACUGUUAAGAAGUUGUAUCCACUGUGGGUUUAUAUGUGCCUAGUUCUAAUUUUCAUUCUCUGGAUCUACAGAUUGGAAUAGAGGAGACAUUGUCUCUUUGAUUCUUGAGCUUAUUUGGGGGAGAGAAAGAGAGAGCGAGAGGAUCUGAUGUGUAUCUCAAUCUCGCAAGUCUCUAGAUUGAGAAUCCAUUCAUUUGGAAGUUCUUGCUGUGAGCGUGUUCAUGGAUGGAUCAAGAACAGCUCUAGCUUGAAGCUGCUUGAUGUUAGAGCUUCUUCUGUUGAUGGUAAAGCAAGAUGGAUCAGACGUAACGUGAGUACAACUACACAAGGUAGUAGAAGCAACACUAAGAGCAGUGUGUUGGGAGGAACAGUUCCUGUAACCAGGAUUAUAGAUGAAGAGAGUAGAACCAAGGUACAGCCUUUUGGUAAUCUUCAGCAACGGCUUGCGCAAGAUAAAGAUCUGUCUAAGCUCCUCACGGUUAUAGUCUCUGAUCUUGAGACAACUGGUUUGCAUCGGAAAAAUGAGCGGAUAAUUGAAAUUGCAGCUCAGGAUAUAGCUGGUGGUGGGUACAGCACAUUUCAGACUCUUGUCAACCCGGGUGUUGUUCCUAUAACUAACGCACAUAUCCAUGGAAUCAGGAAUGAUAUGGUCUGUCGACCCGAGGUUCCAAGGAUGGAAGAGCUGAUACCGAUAUUUCUGCGGUAUGUUGAGAGUCGACAGAAGCCUGGAGGUUAUGUGAUGUUAGUUGCACACAACGGCAAAUCAUUUGACUUCCAGUUUUUGAUCAACGAGUUUAACCGUUGUUCUUAUGAGAUUCCUCAUAAUUGGUUGUUACUCGACUCGCUCCCACUCGCUAGAGAGAACAUGAAGUCUGUAGAGCCAACGGUUAAGCUAAGUUCAUCGUUGGAAGCGCUUGCGGACUACUAUAGUCUUACAAGGGAGGGUGAUGCUCACAGAGCCUUGUCAGAUGUGUUACUCUUAUCUAAGGUGUUCCAGAAACUCACCAUUGAUCUCAAGCUCUCACUCUCUGAUCUCGUCCUUCGCUGUCACACUGCAUCUGAUAUCAGUGCUGCCAUGGCCAAGAACAAGAAGGCCUGAAGCAUUUUAGACAUAGCUAUAAGCUUCUUUUGGGAUAUUCUUCUCUCAUUCUAUUGUUUAAUGUAUCUAACUCUGCAAUUAAUGUAACCGAUUAUUUAAUUUGAUCCUACAUUAAUCAAGACAAAAUACAGAGCCAGAGUUUUUCCACCUCUUGGACAAAACACAAUUACA